AUGUGCUUCGCUUCUCACACGGCAGUGCAGGUGCAGGCUGCCUCCCAGGACCGAGGAGCCCCCGGCACAAAGCCGCGGCCGCGCCGAAGUCACAUCCGCCUCUGCAAGUCCAACGUGGGAAGGCUGACGGCGGCGGCCGUCGCUGCCAUGACAGAGACAACUUGCAGUUCUUCGAAGCGACGCAUCCGGCAGCGCCUUCACAAGAAGUUGGGCUCCAUCCUCACCAAAGCAGAGUUUGCGGAAGCGGUAGAAGUCCUGAAGGACCUGGAAAGGCAAGCGCUGCUGACCAGCCAAGCGUCGGAUGAAAGCAUGGCCAGUUCCUCCAAUCCUGACAGCAGUGAGGCGAGCGCGGGUUGUGAUUCCACUACACGGGAAGACGAGCAUCUCGAGAUGCAAACACGGUUGCUGACGACAGCAAUUCCAGUAGAGAGAACCUUCGUCCACUUCAACACGUCUACCCGACCGGUUCGCAGACGAUCCCACUCUGUGUAG